AUAUACAAAUAGCUGUUUCGAUGUAAAUAAACAAGUUUUCUAGAAUUUUUUGAAGUGUUUCUAAAAAAUUAUAUUAUUAUUUAAAUAAAUUUAAAAUAAUAUGUUUAGUGAAUUUACUAAGGCUCCUGGAACAUGGGGCGAGUUUGAGGAUGAGUCCGAUUUAAAGAGGGAAACAAAACCCGAUGAAAUUAUUACCCCACAGGCUAAAAUGGAUAAACUUAGAAGAAUUAAGAAUAUAACUAUUGUAGCUGAAGACAAAAUAGAAAGUAUUAAAAUUAAAAAUCCUCUAGUAACUCAAACAAUUGAAGUGAUGAACCAAACAGAAAUGCUUCAAACAUUAAUAGAUACUUAUGCAAAUAAAUCUGGUUUUCAAAAUUAUUUACUAAAUCCUUGUCAAGUUAUACCACAAGUUGAUUUUCCGCCAGAAAAUACAGCAGAAUUAUUAUCUGAUGAUAAAUUUGCAAAACCGCUAUGGUUUAUACCACCAAUUGAAACAGAUUUUGUUAGAGGUGUACCCAGAGAGUACCCACAAGUAACAAAAGAAAUAUGCCGGCAAGCUUUAAGAAAAGCUGUUUGUGGUUUAUUAAGAGUAGCAGGAUUUAACGAUUCUUCAAAUAUUGCUCUUGUAACAUUGACUGACGCUGUUGAUGAAUUUCUGAAAACAUUACUAACACAUGUUAAUGACGUUAGGAAUAAUCAAGGUUCUGAAGAAAUGGGAUUGGAUGUAUUAACUCUGGAAAAAGGAUAUUUUCAAAUGACACAGAACUCUUUAAUGAGCAUUCAUAAUUAUUUUAAAAACAAUAUCAUUGCCAGAAAUAAGUAUGAAAUAAAUGAAUUUAAAGAAAUUGAAGCUGAAUAUGACAAAAUGAUGAAAGAAAGUCAAAGAGAACAUGAAAAAUUCAGGGAGGAUGAAUUUAUGCAUUUCCUAGACACAGUGGCUGUGACAGUCAGUACUGUAACAGUUAGUGCUAAUCCACCUGUUAUAAUUGGGGAAGAUGGCCUACCGCAGAAUGUCAAUAUUGUAAAUUAUAUCAAAACCGACGAGGAAAAUGGAGUUGAUAACCAAGUUUAGAAAAAUUUGUAGAUUUUAAGUAAUUAACUAAGGCCUAAAAAUAAUGGAAAAAAAUAUUCAAAUCUCAGUACUUUGUAUAAAAUAAAAAAUAUUG